AUGGAAACCGAAGAAGAAACAAAUAUCUCUGUUACGACUAUCGCUCGGAUCUUCCGAGAAAUCGGCUUCAAGAAUGCAGAUACCCUGAUCAUGCUUUCCACAUUAAAGCUUUCGGCAGAGUAUAUACGAUUGUUUGUCAAUGAAGCUAUAAUAAGGGCCAACGAGGAACGUAUAUUGGAAGGUGAUUCUCUUAGCAAAGUGGAUGGAAUCGACAAUGUCGAGUCUGCAUCUGAUGCCAACAUUGAAGUUGACGCAGAGGCUGAGGAUGAGAUCAUAGAAGACGAUGAUAUAGACGACUUGGAUCCUGAAGAUAUUCAAGACUCUGACACUCAGAGGCAGCUUAAAGUGGCGGAGACCAACAACAACGAUACAUUGGACUCCAGACAUCUUCAGAAGAUUGCGGGGGUGCUUAUUCUCGACUUUUGA